CUCACCGGACGGCGACCGGAGAACGAGUACGACGAAGGGGUUGGAGGCGCGCGGCGGGGGAGUCUGUUGCGUCGGCGAUCGAGCUUCUUCGAUCUCAUGGCGCCCCUGGCUGCACUCCACCGACGCAAUAAUGCCGCCUGCUGCAGCUGCAGGUGGAGGAAGAGGAACACACGCCAUGUGCGGGAGCCACGAGGCGGCCACGUGAGCUAGCGCAGAAGCCGUCCGUUUCUUCCCCUUCUCGAUCCAUGGGGAUUCUGGUCGGGACCCAGCAGCAAGAGUGGCCAUGCCUGAUUAUUUCGCCCCUCCCUGGUCACAUGGAAUCCCUUUGACGAAUUUGGCCCUACUCCUCCGUGGAUGGCGUGGCUGCACACCGUAGCCAAGCAGUACUACUACGGCCUCUGCUUCUACCUGCACUGCAAUGGUGGUUGGCUGGUCGCGGUCCUCGUGGGAGUGUCGUUGAUGAACUACCGCAUGGUGACAUAAUUCUCCCCUGAAGACUUCCUGCACAAGUGAAGACGACAGUGCUGUGUCUGAUCUGCAAGGAGGAGAUUAGGCUUACCACCCAAGCUCAGAUCAAUUGCUCUGAUUUUUUUCUCAUUGUUUACAGCUCCCGUGCAAUUUGUAGCCAACGAAGAGAUCCGACAGAGAGGGAAGAAGGACCAGAUCAAGGGAGAUGCCAAAUGAACAACCUGCAGUGUCCGGCAGAUCAUCGGGGAGAUGCCAAAUGAACAUUAUUCUAGGAGCCACUUUUGCAAGGGGAUGCGCAAGUGCUUGUGUGUGUGUCACAUGGGGAUCACACCUAAUCAUCAUUUGGUUUUUCCUCGGGCCUCUGGAUGAACCACAUCAGGUCAAAUUGUGCUUUCUUCAGAUCAACAUGGCCUGCUGUGGAGUGAGACUGCAGUAAACAUAGUUUUGGGUUUCUCGACAAGACCCAACACAAAAAGAACACAUGUGAAAGUGAACAUUGGGAAGCAUAAACCGCAGAGAUCACCAGGCCAGGAAAGAAGGAGAGACAGACAUAAAGAAGAAGCCUACUACUGUACUAUAAAACUCCGUAUAAUAUACUCCGGUCUGGGUGAAAAUACUGGAGAGUAGUAUAGACACUGCAAUACAAGUGCAGAGUACACACUUAACGCUGCAAAGACUCCGGUGGUGAGUGCUGACCUGACCAUAGACCAUAGGCAAUGGGGGUGACGCUGUGAGAUGGGAUCUUGCUUCCAUUGCCACCAGUCACUGUCUGCCGUCUCCCACAGAGUCCACUGCGUGGGAUUAUUAAUCUGUCUUCGUAUGCUCUGAGGCUGGUUCAGGGUUUCAUCCAUUCUGCUGCAUCUAUCAGGAAAUUCGUGGAUGGGAGGUAGACUGAUUACAAAUUGGGAAAUUAUGUGCGCCUUUUGGGCUCCUGGCUAUCCGCUUUGCCCGGAAGCAUGACAUACUCCACAGCAGUUCGAAUCCUUGCUCUGGAGCUGCAGAAUCAUAUUGUGUCGUCAAACAUGAUAUACCACUUGGGCAUGGGUAUGGCUGCUCAGUUCUGAGCAACAAAGAAGUUCGGACAUAUCGUGCCAUCUGUGGUGGUGGUUUACGUUGCUCCUCUCGACCAAUGGCGACUUUAGUCCGUCAUGAUUCGAAUUCAACACGGUACUCAUGGUUGUGGGUUAGCCAUAUCAGCCCGAAAAACUCCAAGUGGCUUCAGGAGAAUCUUACUGACAUGGAUGUGAUGGUCAAAGCGAUGAUUAAACUUAUCAAUGAAGAUGCCGACUCUUUUGCAAGGAGAGCAGAAAUGUACUAUAAGAAACGCCCCGAGCUCAUGAAACAUGUGGAAGAAUUUUACAGAGCAUACCGUGCUUUAGCCGAAAGGUAUGAUCAAGCUACUGGAGCACUCCGGCAGGCCCAUCGAACAAUUUCAGAAGAGUUUCCAAAUCAGAUGCCAUCAAUGUCUGAGGAGUCGCCCUCAAGCCAAGAAGUUGAGCCACGUACACCAGAGAUGCAGAUACCCUUACGUGCACCAUUUGAUCCUGAUGAUCUGCACAAGGAUGCACUUGGUGUGUCACCACAGCUAUUUACUGUCAAGAGGAGUGGUACACACCCUGAUGAAAUAAGUUCAAGUCGCAAAGGUCUUAAACAGUUCAAUGAUUUGUUUGCAAGCUGCGACAGUGCCCAUCGUGUCAGUUUUCCUGAUGGGAAAGUAAGAAAAGGCCUCAGUUUUGAAAGUCCAGAUGCUAAAGGGAAAGAAGAUGAUAUCAUGAAACUGCAACAAGAAAUUUCCAAAUUAUUAGCGGAGAGUCAAAGUCUGAAACAGCAGGUUUCAUCUGAGUCUCAGCGGGCAAACAAUGCUGAGAGUGAAAGCCAAAGCCUCAAGGACACCAUCUCAUGUUUGAGGUCCGAGAAAGAUGCAGCCCUUCUGCAAUACAGUGUAUCCACUGAAAGAUUUUCGGCUUUAGAGUCUGAGCUCUCAAAGGCACACACCGAACUUAAGAAACUCUCUGAUUAUAUGGUGAUGGAAGUUGAGAAGCUAAACUGUGCUGAAUCACGUAACAACACAAUGCAAUCUGAGCUUGAGAUUUUGAACCAGAAGAUCGGGUUGCAAGAGCAAGAGCUUGCACAAUGUAGAAAGGAGAUGGAGAUCUUCCACUCUAGUCUGCAAGAUGAAAGUGCCAAGCGCAAACAGGCUGAAGAUGAUCUGUGCACCAUAGAGAAAGAGUACAGUAAAUCUCAGGGAGAGGUGCGUAUGAUGGCUCUAGAGAUGAGGGCAGCAAAUGAUAGGUUGAGUGAAUUCAAGGAGGUGAAGCUUAACCUGGAGGAUACUGUAUGCGAGCUGAAGAAGGACGUUGCAAAACUUACUGAACAGAAGCAAUUUUCUGAACUCUUAAUAGAAGAACUUCAUGGCAACAUAGACUCUCUGGGGGAUUCGAAGAGGAAAAUUGAGAGGGAGAUCCAAGCCCUUACGAGCACUAUCUCACAAAUGAACACUGCAAAGGAUGUGGCUCUGCUUCAACACCAGCAGUGCAUUGAGGAGGUGUCUGAUCUAGAAUCUAAGCUCACAAAGGCACAAUCAGAGCGGGGGAAGAUUGAACUGAAGGUACAAAUCCUGGUGCAAGAACUUGAGCAGAAGGGAGAAGAAGCUGAUGCGAUACGUGCUCAGCUGCAAGAUGAACACUUCAAUCACAUGCAAAAGGAAGCAGCUCUUCUUGCAAUGGAAGACCUGCAUUCCCAGUCUCAGGAAGAGGCUAAAAGGCUGGCACAAGACCUUGCACAAUCAAACAAAAAAUUGGGUGACCUGGAACAUAAGAACUUUAAAUUGCAUAACAUGUCGCAAGAACAUGAGAGGAUGAUUUCAGAGCUGAAUUCUAAGAACGAUGCAUCACUUCUUCAACAGCAGAAGUCCUUGGAGAGAGUAUCGUGCCUAGAAGCUCAACUUUUGGUGGCACAGUUAGAAACAGAGAAGAUUGUCAAGAAAGCAGAGAAGUCCUCAAAGAGAGCAUCAUACUUGGAAUCUCAACUUUUGGUGGCACAUUCAGAAACAGAGAAAAUUGUAAAGAAAGCUCAGAUGCUGGAGCAAGAACUUGAACACAAGAACAAAGAGGUGGGUAACCUCCAAAGUACAUUGCAAGAGGAAGGCCAGAAGUGCAUCCGUGCCGAAACAGCUUUUCGCAGAGUAGAGCACCUACAUUUGCAGUUGCAGGAAGAAGCCAAGACUCUAGCACAAAAUCUUGAAACCUUAAGCAACAAGCUUGGCGAGGUUGAAAAUGAAAGGUUGGAUCUGCAGAACAUUUCACGAGAACUCAAGAGCACCAUUUCAGAGAUGCAUUCUGAGAAAGAUGCAAUGCUACUCCAACACCAGCAAUCCUCAGACAGAGUUUCUUGUUUAGAGGCACAGCUUUUUGGUAUACAGUCAGAACUGGAGAAAAAUCAGCAGAAAGUCCAGUUGCUGGAGCAACAACUCAAACACAAGAAAAAGGAGGUGAAUGGGCUCCAAAAUAAUUUGGAAGAGGAAAGCCAUAAACGAAUGCAUGCGGAAGCAGAACUUACCAUGGUGAAAAACCUGCUUUCCAAAUCUCAGGAAGAAGUGCGUAGGCUUGUUAUGGAUCUUGAAAAUCUAAACAAUAAGUUCAGCGACGUGCAGGACAGCAAGCUGGUUGUAGAGGAAUUAUCAUGUGAACUUAGGAACGCCAUCUGUGUUUUGAAUGCCGAGAAAGAGGCAGCACUUGUUCAACAGCGUCUGUCCUUUGAAAAAGUAUCCGACCUGAAUUCAGAAGUCUCGAAGAUACAGUUGGAGCUGGAGAAGACUGAGAACAAGUUGCAGAUGCUGGAGCAAGAACUUGUACAGAAGAAUGGCAUGGUGGAAUUUCUGCAGUCAAGUCUGCAAGAAGAGGGCAAGAAGCGUGUGCAAGCUGAGACAUUGCUGUUCUCAAAUAAGAAUCUGUACUCUCAGUCACAACAAGAAGUAAAUAGGCUGGCUCUGGAGGUCGGGACACUGAACAGAAAGCUGAAUGAGGUGGAAACCCUAUCUUCCGAGCUUAAGGACACCAUCUUGCUUCUGAAUUCCGAGAAAGACACAACUCUUCUUAAGCACAAGCAGUCCUUGGUAAGAACAUCUGAUCUGGAAUCUGAACUUUCAGAGGUACAGGUUGAACUAAAGAAUGCUGAACAGAAAGUGCAAAUGCUGGACAAGGAACUCAAACAGAAGAGAGAAGAGGUGGAUAGCUUGCAGAUUAGCCUCGGCGAUGAAGCCCAGAAGCGUACUGAGGGUGAAGAAGCUCUUCUCAUGAUGACUAAUGAACAUUCUAAUUCUCGGGUAGAAGUAAAUAGAUUAGCUCUAGAGAUUAGCAUGCUGAACAGAAAGUUGAAUGAAGUGGAAAACGUGUCUUCGGAGCUUAAGAAAACUAUCUCGCUGCUGAACUCCGAGAAGGGCACGGCUCUUCUUCAGCAGAAGGAGUCCUUGGUGAGAGUAUCUAAUCUGGAAAUUAAACUCUCUGAGGUGCAGGCUGAACUAGAGAGUUCUGAACAAAAAGGGCAAAUGCUUGAUAAAGAACUCAAAUUGAAGAGAGAAGAGGUGGAUGCCUUGCAGACUAGCCUGAAAGAUGAAGCACAGAAGCACAUUGAAGGUGAAGCAGCUCUUCUUAUGAUGACAAAUCUGCAUUCUCAGUCUCAGGAAGAAGUGAGUAUGUUGGUUUUGGAGAUCGAGAGGCUGAAUGGCAAGUUGAAUGAGAUGGAGAACAGUAAGAUGGACCUUGAGAACAUGAUAUCCAAGCAUGCAGAGGAUAACCGUAUCCUUGGUGAACAAAAUCUUUCUUCUGAAUCAAUUAUCAGAGGUCUUCAUGAUGAACUGGAUAUGUUAAAGGAAAUGCAAGUAAAUCUUAAAAACGAAGUGGGGCUCCAAAUUGGCGAAAAUGAAGUGCUUCAACAACAAUUGACCCAUCAGAUAAGAGAUAAGGAAAUUCUGGGGAAGCAGUACUGUUCACUGGAAAUAGAGAUGGAGGCACUAAAUAGAAGAGCAGCAACACUCCAGCAGGUGCUUGAGGAAAAAGUAUGUGGCAUGGAGAAACUAUCAGACGAGUUUUCAAUCUUGAAGAAAUCAUUUUCAAAUGCAAUUGUUGAAAUGGAAGCUCUGAAGGAGACUGUAAAAGAACUGGAAGAUUCGGAAAGCUCACUCAAGUAUGAUGUUUCCUUGCAUAGUUCUGAGAAGGAUGCUCUAGCUCUAGAACUGCAUGUCCUUAAUAAAAAGUAUGCUGAAGUUUCGGAGCAAAAGUCCAUGUUCGAGACUUCAUUCUCUAAUGUGAACUCUGAGCUUGCAGAAUUGAGAAUGAAGUUAGAAGCUUCAGAAGAAUUGUCUCAGUCUUAUCUUGCUGAAAAGGACAAUAUUCUCUCCCAGCUGGAGAGCACUACACUGUCUAUGAAAUCUCUGGAAGAUGAGCAUGGUGAUCUGGGAGACAAGCACUCAUCCUUGUUGGCAGAGAAAGAUCUCUUAUAUAGUCAACUUAGGAAUCUACAAGAUCAGCUGGAAAUUAGAAAUGAACAGCAUGAAGCUUUGCUCAGGUUGCACCAAAUACAGAUAAAUGACUUUGAAGUGGCAGUUUCUUCUCUGCGAGAGAAAAUCUGUCAUAUGGACCAGAUGCUUGACCAAGAACAGCAAGAAUGUACAUAUGCUUCUAUCAGUGCAUUGAUCUUGCAUAAUAGUUUGGCCGAUGUGAAAGACAAAAACUUUGCUCUCUUUGAUGAAUGCCAGAAGUUCAUGGAGGCCACUCAUUCGGCAGAGGCAAUGAUAGCACGGCUCGAGGAGGAAGCCAAAAAUGAAGAAGAGGAGAAGAAAGCAUUGUUGAAUCACAACAAGAGCCUAAGGGAUUGGAUCUCACAGCAAAUUAAGAUCCUCAAUAUCUGUGAGGACUUGGGGCGUCCUGGUGUGGUUCAUGAUGAAAUUAUGCUGCAGACUUUGUCUCUUGAAACUUUCAACCAUGUAAAGCAUAAGGAGGAAAGUGAACAUAGAAAUGUCUUCAUGGAGGCUGAGCUAUCUGUUCUUGGAACAAUUCUUACACAGAUAGUACUUGACUCCAGAGAUCUGCACUGGCAGAAGUGUGAACUUGAGAAAGAAGCAGAGACAGGAGCGGCAGAAUUACUUAUUCUGCAAAACAAAAAUCAUGAGCAUAUUAAGUUGAAUGAACAACUGGGGCAAAGGUUGCAGCAAGGUAGCGAAAGGGAGGAGAAAUUGAAGAUUGAACUCAAUAGUGUCAUUGCACAGUUGAUGCAGAAGGAUGAUAAGCUAUGCAAAGCAGAUGAGAAGAAUCAAUCCUUGCAAGAGACAAACCAGGAACUGUGCAGAGUUCUCAGGGAUCUUGAGGCUUCUAUGGAAGAUGCAAAAGGGGUAAAAGGUGAACUUGAGAAGGUAAUUACAACACUAACUGAACAAGUUGCUGAAAGGGAUAAUGAUUUUCUUCUUCUUUGCGAAGCAAAAGUGGCGUUGCAAGGAGAAGUUGACAUUCAUAAACAGAAGGAAAAGAGUUUGAUGUCUACACUUGAGAUGGUGACAGCAGAAGCUGAGCAGCAUGAAAAGGAAAUUGUUUCACUGGUGAGUGAUAUGAUAACUUGUUCAGUGAAUGUCAUGAUCUACGAGGAACACUUACUUGAGCUGAUGAUGGAAUGCGAGGCUCUUGAGAUAAGAAUGAUUACCGAAAGGGCAAUGCUAAUGAAAGAAAUCUCCUCAAGGAAUUCAUAUGUUGAUGACCUUCACAAAAGGAUUGCUAGCAUGGGAGGAGAAAACGCAGAACUAAAGGCCGAGAUGAGCAUAUCUCAGCAAUUUGUAGCAUCUCUGUCUGAUCAGCUAGCCAGGCUGGAAGAAGGCACUCUUUUACUUUCAGAACUUAAUAAAGAAGGCAAAUUGGAAUUUGUGCAAGAGGACAGACGUGGUUCGGAAUCUCAAGACAAAUCAUCUGGUGUUUUGGAGUUGCAAAACUUAAUUGCAAGAGUUGAAGCACUCCGAGUUGUAAUAUUAGAUGCCAAGGACCGCCGAGAUAAGGAGUUUACUGAAUCUGCUGCCAAAUUGGAAGCAGCUAAUGUAGAAAUUGAAGAUCUUAAAACAAGAAAAGUCUCAUGCACUGAACGCAAAGAGCAAAACAUGGAUGAUGAUAGGCAAAAAUAUGAUGCUGAUAACUCCAAAGGGAAGCAAGUGCAGAUAAUGAAAGAUAUUGAACUGGAUCAGGUAUCUACUUGUUCACGUUACGGCACUGGAGCCACUGUCUACCCUCUUGGUGGUGAUGCAAAUGCAGAGCUUGAUGAUGAGAUGCUUCAACUCUGGGAGACUGCAGAGAAGGAUUGCAAGAACCAAACAGCAAAAUCUUCAUCAUCUGAACAUGACAUACAGGCGGUGGAGGAGGUAAAGAGUGAGUACCCUUCCUUUGAACUAGCAAGAGGAAGAGACCUAGGGAUUGACAGACUCGAGAUGUCAACAGCAUCCCUGGAACCUCAGCAAUUAUGGAGCAAGAAUGUUCUUGAGAAGCUCACUACCGAUGCUCAGGGGCUGUUAAUCAUCCAAGCAAGCAUUGAGGAAGUGAAGCAGAAAAUUGAGGGAACAUUGAAGGGAAAGUCUCCCACGAGCUCCGAGUACAGCAGCGUUCGAUCUCAACUGCAGGAGAUCGAGGGUUCUGUCAUGGAACAGAUAGAUUUCAACAACAGUUUGACAAAGAAGGCUGAGAAUUAUCCUGCAUUUGAGGUAAAUGCUGAGCUAGAAGGCUAUUCCAGCAGAAGGAGAAUAUCGGAGCAGGUCCAGAAAGGAUCAGAAAAGGUUGCAAGGUUGGACCUCGAACUUCAGAAGAUACAAUACGUCUUACUGAAACUCGAGGAAGAGUAUGAGUACAAAAGGGUCAAAGUCUCUGACAAGCGUUCGCGGUUGCUCUUGAGGGAUUAUGUAUAUGCAAGAAAGGACAAAAAUGAUGCUGCGCAGAAGAAGAAGAGUAGGGUUCCCUUCUGUGGUUGUGUUCGUCCGAAAACAAGAACUGAGCCUUGAUGGUUUUGUUCUGUAGGCAGCAGGAGGAAGAAGCUCUAGAUGUCAGCCCAAUAGGCUCAUGUUCUUACUGCUUUGGGCAGAAAGUGAUGUUUUUAGGAUCCCUCCUGUAAUGAAUUGGCAUGGUAAUACUAAACUAAGGAACUCUGCGUAAAAAGUCUUGUCCUUGUUCAUAAAUGAGGCAAUGUUGGCUAGUUUAACGAAUUGAUCUUACUGAUAAUGUGAUGAAUCGAAGCAUUGUGUAUUAUUUUUGUUUCCC